AUGACAACAAGCAAACAACAAACAUACAAAGGAAAGAUACUAUUCCUUCACGGCUACACUCAAAACGCCUCCCUCUUUUAUGCCAAGACUUCAGCAUUGCGGAAAAAGAUCUCCAAACUAGGUUAUAAAUGUCAAUAUUUGAAUGCACCAUAUAUAUUGACCCCCGCAGACUUGCCCACAACAGACUCAUUAUCGAAAUUUGGCUCGUCUGAACAGAAUGAUGUGACAUAUCGCGGCUGGUGGGUGAAGUUGGGCAAAACCAACGAUGGGAUCAAUUUGGACGACUCAAUCAAAUCUUUGAAGAGAUAUAUUCACGAGGGAACGAUAAUUCCAGAUGAUGAUGAUAGAGAAGUGGGUAAAGAAGACGAAGACGAUGCAAAGUUACCUAUUGUUGGGUUGGUUGGAUUUUCUCAAGGAGCAGCAUUUGCUGGUCUUGUGGCUGAAAAAUUUGCUCAGCUAUUUGACACUCUGCCAUUGAAAUUUGUCAUUUUGUAUUCUGGAUUCAAAUUGGACACCAGUAAGAAGUCUGGAAACGACAAAUACGAUAGCUAUUACGAGUCGAACCUGGAUUCAUUGAGAUAUUUGCAUGUUUAUGGAGAAUUGGACACGGUCGUUGCUGAAGAUCGAAGUUUGUCAUUGUACAACAUCACCAAGAACAAGUCUGAUCUAUUGAAACAUCCUGGUGGGCAUUUUGUGCCCAAUUCGAAAUUAUAUAUAGAUCAAGUUGUCAACUGGAUUCAAAGUGAAAACAAACUUAAGGAUGUUGAAAAGGAUGAGAAAAAGGUUGAAGAUAUAGACUUGUUAUUAGAGAUGAUGGACAACAUUGGCAAAGCUUAA